CGUUGGGUACUCUUCAACACAGUUUUGGUUUUUUUAAUUCGGUAACUUAAUUUUUUUUAAAUUUUAGAAGGAUCGUCGACCACGUGGGUCAGAUUUUAUUCUGCAAGAUGUCGACGUUGAUGACGAAGAACAGGAUGAGGACGAUUGGGAAGAUGAAGAGGAUCGUGCUCUUGAGCCAAAUGAAAAAGAAGAGGUUUGCCGAAAAGUAUAUGAAGCAGCUGGAUUACCCAUUUGUCUUUCUGGCGCAUUGUUUUCUCCCUUUAGGAAUAUGAACGAAGAUGAAAUUGGCCGGUAUUUCGAAAACAAGUAUAAAGCCCAACCGAUAAGGGAUCUUGUUGAGGAUGACUCUGCUCUUGACGAUAUUUCUCGACAUGGAUUGCUUCCAUCAACGAAAGAUCCUAAUCUAUGGAUCGUGAAGUGUAGAAUGGGGGAGGAAAAGUUGGUGGCGUUGCAGCUCAUGCGAAAAUUCUUGGCCUUCGAGAAUACCAAUGAGCCUCUUCAAAUCAAGUCGGUAGUGGUGAAAGAGGGUCUGAAAGGCAUAAUCUACGUCGAGGCGUUUAAGCAAUCUCAUGUUGCAAACGCCAUUAACGGCGUAUCGGCGCUAAAUCAGUUUAAUGUCACGAUGGUGCCCAUUAAAGAAAUGGUUGACACCCUUCGAGUUGUGAAGGAUGUUCCGGCUUUGAAGGUAAACUCCUAUGUACGACUUAAGCGCACUAUGUACAAAGACGAUCUUGCCCAGGUUGACUGGGUAGAUGUUGCUCAAAGUAAAGUGAAUCUUCGUAUUGUUCCGCGAAUUGAUUACACGAGGAUGAGAGGGGCUUUAAGAACGGAUGCCGACCGUGUUCACAAAGUUAAACGCCGUCCUAUGCCACGGCUUUUCGAUUUGGACAGAAUCAAAGAAAUUGGUGGCGAAGUAACAAAUGACGGCGAUUUCGUCAUUUUUGAAGGAAACAGUUAUCGCCGUGGAUUCCUUUACAAGUCUUUUCCAAUGAAUGCAAUAAUUGCAGAAGGUGUUAAACCAACUCUUGCCGAGUUGGAGCGUUUCCAGGACACAAGUGAGGACCUUAAAAGGGAAUUAGAAUCCACAACUGUCAAGGACAAUACGCACUUUUUCGCUCCUGGUGAUAAUGUGGAAGUCACUGAAGGCGAGUUGGUUAAUCUACGUGGAAAAGUCGUAAGCGUUGAUGGACCAAAGGUUGUGAUGCUACCAGAUCAUGAGGAUUUGAAGGAGCCAUUGACGUUGAACAUAUUUGAGUUACGUAAAUACUUCCGAACUGGAGAUCAUGUGAAAAUGAUUUCUGGUCGGUAUGAGGGAGAUACUGGUCUUAUUGUUCGUGUCGAACACAACCUUGUAGUCGUGUUGAGUGACCUGAGUAUGGAUGAAAUGAAAGCUCGACCUCGAGAUGUACAGUUGUGCGCAGAUGUAACUACGGGAGUUGAUUCAUUAGGACAAUUCCAAUUUCAUGAUCUUGUGCAGCUUGAUCAACAGACUGUAGGUGUGAUCGUCCGUCUCGAAAAGGAAACCAUGGAGGUUCUGAAUCAACAUGGGAAAGUCGUUCGUGUAAAACCACAGGCAAUUCAAGGUAAAAAGGACACACGUCAUUCACAAGCGCUGGACAGUCAACAGAAUCCUAUCCAAUGCAAAGACAUUGUGAAAAUUAUCGAUGGUCCUUUUGCGAAAAAGAAUGAGGAAGAAAGACAGGGAGAAAUCAAACAUGUUUAUCGCUCUUGGGUAUUCGUGUUUUCGCGGAAGAAUUUGGAAAAUGGCGGUGUGAUAGUUUGCAAGGCUCGCCAUCUUCUGUUAAUUGGAGCUCGUGUUGGUGAUAUGCCUUCAUUGAAUAGACUUGGUAUAUCGAGUCCAAAUCCAUUUGCUUCGCCUCGUCAUAAUGGCAGCGCUACUCCCGCGCACUCAAGCUCUCAGAGUGUGAGUGGUUAUAGCUUUGGAGGAAAGACUCCCUCCAACCAUGUAGGUGAGUCUUUUUCUGGUUUUGCUAGCACAGGAACAGCGACUGGAAUCAACAAGGUUCGCAGAGACAACGCCAUAAUUGGGAAAAGUGUGCGUAUUACUCAAGGACCUCUCAAGGGUUACUUUGGCAUUGUAAAAGAUGCUACGGAACAAACUGUUCGGGUGGAGCUUCAUACGCAGUGCAAGACGAUUUCCGUGGACAGAUCACGAAUAGCGUGCGUUGGAGAUGGAACACCUGGAGGGUCAAUAUCUGCUUUGGCACAGUUCGCGAAGACUCCUUUCGCGGCAGAUGGUCGGACACCUAUGUAUGCUGGAAGCAAAACUCCUAUGUAUGGUUCUGGUGCGAAGACGCCUAUGUACGGCAUGGAUGAUGGUUUGUUGUAUCGUCGGACGCCAUUUGGCUCACACACGCCCGCUUACGACAAUUCUAGGACACCUAUUAGUGGUCGUACUCCGGCUUACGAUGGUAGUCAUACACCUGCGUACGAUAGUGGGCGUACACCAGCAUAUGAUGGCGGACAAACACCUAUGUACGAUAGUAGUCGAACGCCGUUGUACGACACAGGUAGAACUCCGGCCUACGAUGGCGGCAGGACGCCGUUGUAUGAAAGCGGGCGCACUCCUGCAUACGACGGAGGUAGAACUCCUGUUUAUGACGAACCAGCGUCGGCUUCAGGUGAGCAGGAACCACAAUAUGAAGCGCCGGCUUCGCCGUCGUAUAGUGUGCCGACUCCUGGCACAAAUCUCAACCCUCAGACACCUGGCUUUGCUCCAGAAACUCCUAUGGGUAACUACAAUCCAAUGACACCAGGUGGCAUGUACGACUAUUCCGCGCCGUCACCGUAUGUCCGCAAUACGUAUGAUUCAUUCGGUGGACAAAAGAUUCCUGCUCACUUCCUCGAAGGUGGAGAAUGGGUAAUGGAGGAUCUGUUUGUGACCAUCAAGAGUAAUCAUGAUGAGGAUCGGUUCCAGGAUCGUGAAGCAAUCGUAACAAGUGAUGGAAGAUGUCAAGUUUAUAUUCCUGACUUAAAGUGCUCUGCGACAGCCGACUUCGACCAAAUCGAGCCUCUUAAGCCUCAAGAAGGCGACUUUACUCGUGUCAUCUAUGGUGAUGAACUCGGAGUGAUAGGCCAGCUGAUAUCAGUGGAUGAAGCUGACUGUGUCAUCAAGGUUGGAGUUGACGACAUGCGGUUAAGUCCGCUGGAGUUCUGUUGCAAGUUUAGUAAACGGUGA